AUGACUUAUGGGUGUUCUGGUUCUGAUGCGGGAGCUAAAGCCUUUCCUGAGUGCAAAAGACCCAGGAAUUCUUCAUCAAUAUUUUGUGUUGAGAUGGAUAAGUUUGUCACAAGAUCAAAAGUUGGGCAACCAAAUUCCAGUUCUACUCAUCCAUCUGUUGCUUCAUCCAUAGCUCCAGAAAUUCAAAGGGAUAUUUUAACAUUUGUGGCACUUGAAAAGAAGCAUUCAGAUAUUAAGCGCAGGGAUUCUCUUCGACAACAUCAAGCUGAAAAAUUAGAGGAAUUGCUCAUAUCGGGUGAAGUGCAUACUAGACGAGGAUUAAAUCAAGAACAUGGGCUUCAACGACCAGGUGGUAAUCAUUGGGGUUCUCAUUAUAGAACGUUAGGUAACCUCAUUGUCCUAUUUUCAUCAAUUAUUCAUAUUCUUGAAUUUGUUGCUCGUGAAGGUCCAAAUUAUGCCGAUAGGCUUGUUGCUGAAAGUCUUAUGACUAAGAUUACGGAAUUUGAAUUUGAUUUUAUGUUGCACUUGAUGUGGAAAGUUCUAAUGAUAACAAAUGAUUUGAGUUCCUCAUUACAAAGGAUGGAUCAAGAUAUUGUCAAUGCUAUGGAACUCCUCACUCAUACAAAGCAAAGAUUAAAAAUGAUGAGGAAUAGUGAAUUUGAAUCAUUAAGGGAUGAUGUCUCGUCAUUCUGUGGUAAACAUGAGAUAAUGAUCCCGAAGAUGGACGCUCUCUAUUUUCCUGGGAAGUCAAAGCGUAGAGCUCUUGAUGUUACAUACUCUCAUCCUUUGCAUGUUGAGAUAUUUAAUGAUGUUAUUGAUUUGCAUCUUCAAGAGCUAAGAAGUCAUUUUGAUGCUAUGAGUACCGACUUACUUCUCGGUAUGGCUAGUUUAAAUCCACUUAAUUCAUUUGGUAAUUUUGCGAAGAACAGGAUAACGAAGUUGGCUGAAUAUUAUCCGAAUGAGUUUGAUAGCAACAAGCUCCGGGAUCUUAGUUUCCAGUUUGACAGUUUUAUAGUUUAUGAUCGUGGUCCUGACAAGAGGUUCUUCAACCUGAAGGGAAUUAGUGACCUUUCUAAAGUGUUGGUUAAGUCAGACCUGCAUCAAACUUGGCCACUUGUGUAUUUGCUUAUCAAGUUGACUCUCAUUCUUUCUGUUGCUACUGCUUCUGUGGAACGGGCUUUCUCAUCCAUGAACUACAUAAAAAAUGAGCUUCAUAAUAGCAUAGAUGAUGAAUUUUUAAAUAGUUAUUUAGUUUGCUAUAUAGAGUGUAAGAUAUUCUCAACUGUGAAUAACGAUGACAUUAUUCAUCAUUUUCAACAUAUGAAAAGUCGUCGAUCACAGUAG